CGAUCCGUCCGGAAGAUGAGUUAGAGCGCAUUGAUAGAGGAUAAGAACCAUUCCUACGAAGACAUUCAGGUGUCUCGCCAUGGCCAAUGAACUAACCGGAAAGUUCGCGCUGGUGUCGCAGGUCAACAUGGAGGGAUACCUCAAGGCGCUGAAUGUUAAUCUGGCAUUGAGGAAAAUCGUGCUUAUGCUAAAACCGGAAAAAGAGUUUGUGGUGGACGGGAACCACAUUAUAAUCAAGACCCUCAGCACCUUCAAAAACUACAUCAUGGAUUUUAACUUGGGCGAGGAGUUUGAAGAGAACCUGGCCAUCAUUGAUGGACGAAUCUGCAAGACGACCGUGUUCUGGGAAGGUAACAAGCUGGUGUGCGUGCAGAAGGGCGAGGUGCCGAAUCGUGGCUGGAAACAGUGGCUGGACGGCGACGUGCUGCACGUGGAACUCACCGCUAGAGACGUGGUCAGCACACAGACCUUCCGGAAAGUCCCGUGAAGAGGACAC